AUGAAACUCCGUCACCGCAUGCAUCCUGUGCCCUCCGUCCUGGGGAAGCCUCUGAGGCGCGUCCGUGUCCUCAGCGGCCCUUGCGCGUCCCCGGGUUCGACGCAUGUAGUCUGCUCGCCUUUGCUCCGCUCCACGGUCACCGUCUCCUCGCCACCGGCUGCUCAGCGGCGCAGCACCGCGGCCUGCGUCCUCCCCACCGCGGACUUCGUGGCCUCACGCGACGCCGAGAGACAGCCUCGUCUGAGCCCGCUCACGCGCAGAGCCUUCUCUACAUCUCCCGCUUCGCCUGCGUCACCCGCCCCCUCCACGGGCGCCUCGCCCGCCCGCGGCGCGACGAGCUUCGUGUCUUGGAGGUCGCUUGCGGUCUUCUCCCUCGGGACGCUCUGCGGAGCGACGGGCGUCUGGCUGCUCGCACGCAUCCACGGCGCGGACAGCGGCGUCUGCGCUUUUUUACCUUCCUUUUCCUGCGCGCCGGGCGACGGCGAUGCCGAGCCCGCGGAGCACAUUGAAAACGAGCUCGCGCGGCUCCCAGAAACUAGGGCUCCAGGCCCGCGGCGCCAGCUCGCCGCGCCACUCGUCGCGGUGGCGCCCGAGCGACCGCGGAACCCGCAAGCGGCGGAGGAGACUCAGGGGGCUAGCGCAGGGUGGCGAAACCUCUCCACGCACUACCCCGCGGCGCUCCUGCCGUCGACCGAGCGGCUCUUAGAGUCCCCUGCCUUCGUGUCUCUCGUCUCCACGACGCGCCGGCAGCCGCUCUACGUGGCGGAGCGGCUGCGCGGGCCUGGAGACCCGGCGCCGGGGCGCGCGGGAGACCGGAGCGCGAGUCAGACGCAGGGCGAGGAAGGCGACGCGACGCAGCGAGAGGAGGGCGCUGAGGAAGCCGAGGGUGUCUCGUCGUGGCCUCUCUCGUUCGGCAGAAAGCGAUCCGAGGCGGAGGCGAAGGGCCGGCGGCGUGAGCCACAGGGACGCGACACGGCGACCGACGCGCCUCGGCGCACACCUGGCGCCGAGGCCGCAGAGACGCAGCCGGUGGCGCGCACGCAGGAGAGGGACUCUGAGGAGCGCAGCGACACUGUCGCGGGAAGUGGAGCGAGCUCCGAGGAUGACGCGGAGUCAAGCGAUGCGGAACAGGCCCAGGACGGAGAGGGGCCGACGGACGCUGCUCUAGGGCGGCGCGGCUUAUAUUCGAAGAAGAAGCAGAAGGGCUUCAAAGCCACGGGCGGCGUGGACCGCCGAGGCCUCAAUUUUACACAGGACACGCGCAUUGAGAAGGCCUGGAGCGCGGAUAACAGCGAUUAUUUGCGAUCUGGCUACAGCAAGGGACACCUAGCGGCGGUCGCGUUGCAUAAGGACUCCCUCGAGUCGGUUCAGAGCACCUUCUCGCUCGGUGCGAACAUUGUGCCGCAAAACCAAGCUGUGAACGCCGGAGAGUGGUUUCGGCUCGAGAUGUUAACCAAGGCUCUCACGCAGCUCUACGAGGACGUCUACGUGGUCUCGGGUCCGCUAUGGAUUCCGAGCGACCUCGUCGCCCGCACCACACACGUCGCGCUCCCAGCGUGCCCGCUGCGUUCGAGCUCCGCUGCCCACCACGCCGCGCCGCACGCUGCACUCGCCCGCUCGGUCUCUGCGCCUGCGAGCAACGCUGCCGCGGCUGCGGCAGCCAGCGGCGCCGACGCGAAGGACGCGCAGCGCGAGUUUGAACGCCCCUCCGUGGCGCAGGCGGACGGCGGGUCGCCGAGCCCGCGACGCAGCGGGGCGGCCGAGGCAGGCGCCGACGCGUCCAAACCCUGUCUCCGAGGACGGAGUGCCCAGGCGCUCGAAGCAGACGACACCGCGGGAAACGGUCAGUGCGACGAACCGAGCGAACUCGCGGCGAGACGAGGAUUCGCGGCGCGACUCCUGCGAGGGAAGCCUCAGGAAAAGAGAGACGGGGAGCACGAGGGCGCCAGGUCCCUCAUGAGGAACUUCGCCUGCCUCAGACCCUUCUCAUCCUCUCCGGAUGUCUUCCCUGUGUCGCUGGAGGCGCUGACCGGCUCGAGCGUCCGCGACCGCGCCUCAACCUCCGCUUUUUCGCUCUUUUCGUACUUUGCACCCGCGCCUGGGACUGCGCCGCGCGCCGACGCGGACGUGCUGGAGCUCGCGCUGCGUGCCUGCCGCGAGGCGCUCCGCGAACAGGCCGACUCACAGCCUUCUUCCUCCUCUUUCUCUUCCUCCUCUUCUUCUCCUGCCGCUUCGCAUCCAUCGUCUGGGAAGGCUGCGCUGCUUCACAUGGAGCACGAAGUCGUUGGCUCGCGGCUGGUGGCGGUUCCCACGCACUUGUUCAAGGUUGUACUGGGCGUGCGCCCGCGGCGCGCGGGACACGGAAGGCUGGCGGCGAAAGACGCAGACGCGGAGACAAACUCCGUGCCGCCGGCCUGGGCGCCUCCGCCCGUCGUGCUGGGAGCGUUCGUCGUGCCAAACAAGAAAAUUGAGGCCAGGGGCUCGGAUCUCAGCUCCUUCAGAGUCCCGCUGCAGUUCGUGGAAUGGAUCAGCGGCCUCGACUUCCAAGGCCUUGUCGCGCACGCGAGGGAGAAUGCGCUGUCGCUCCAGGACGAGGCGCCUGCCAAGUCCCAGUCCCAGCCGCCGCUGCGUCAGAGCGAUGUCAAGGGGCGCCCCGCGGCGCCGCGUGUCUCUGAGAGUCCCCAGGGAUCGAAUGAAGCCGUCGCAGACGGGCACAAGGCCCCCAGCUGGACGGCGCCUCGCAGCCUCCCCCUGGCGCCCACGGCGGAGCAGCCCCGAGAGGUGCCUCUCGAGCUCGAUACCGACCCAAGCGCGACAGAGCGCGCCCGACGCCGGCGCCACGCGCGAGAACGCGCAGCGCGAGACAACUUCCUCCGUUCCAUCGACCUCUGCCGCCCCCGUGCGUUGAGCGCCCCGGGCGAGAGCGGCGACGCGGGUCCGCGCGGUGGAGGCCGCUGGAAGGAGGCGCCGGAGGCCGAGGAUGUGAAGCAAGGGAGAAAGACAAAGAGUCGCGGAGAGCGCACGCCCCCCCCAACCACCUACAGCUUCUGCGCUCCCGGAGCAAUCGACAAACUGCGCUCUAGCUAG